AUGGCUAAGGUCCAUCAUAUGUACACUAAGCUGACCUUCGGUAUCAAGGCAUUGAGCAUCACCAAUGGGCCUGAUAAUGAUCUCUUGUUGAGCGACACCACAGAGGAGUUGGUUGACAUCACUGUGUUCGUCUCGGACAAACGGAUCGCGAUAGAAGAGAAAGGCAAACACCCUAAGAUGUUGUUCAACUUCAGAUUGGGGGCGAUCAAAGUCUUCUUCCGCCCUCGGCUAUGGCGAGCUCUGGACUCGCCUUCUGCCACGGCACUUGACUUGGAACCGGACCAGCAGACGAGCUUUAAAUGGUGGCAAGUCGAUCUGCCUAAGAUGCUGCAAGUGAAGCUCAAGGACGCUGGAUGGGGUUGGUCAGGUCAUCUCGCGGUUGACCGUGUUGUUGGCGAUGCUGUUUGUCAAGUGUUUCAAGAGACGGAAGGAAUGUUCAUGAAUAUACGAGUUGAUGUACGGCCAUACCGCAGUUGUGUGUUUAUUGUCUUCGGCGCUGAGGACUAUACCAUUGCGAGUUACUCACUACGCAACAACUCUGACAAUUCUAUGUGGGUUCGACAGGCUCAUACUAGGGCCUAUUUCAUACCACUCCUCCGCCACUCUUCAACUCCGUUUGCCUGGUAUGAGCCGACCAAGCCUAAGAAACUGGAGAUUCUGUUAGACCCCGCCUCGAAAAGGAGCACUAUUGUUGACUUCAUACCAGAACAAAGCAACAGUCAGGCGUCAGCUGCGAGGGCCUCGGCUCAGAGUGGCGGGCCUAGUGCUCCAGCAUUCGAGCAUUCUGGUGUAUUAGUAGCACCCCUCAGAGGCCGCAGUCAAAGGCUCCAGUAUAAGGUGACGAGCAGUGGACCAACUAAGGUCUUCAUCCUCUAUAAUGAGUAA